AUGAACCAAGAACCAGAAAAUAUAACAUUAGAAGAUUUUGAUACAGAUGAAGAUUUGAUUGGAAUGGUUAAUAAAGUUCAAUUCAAAGAUACAAAUAAAGAAAUUUAUGAGAAUAAAUUUUCCACAGAGAUUCAGAGUACACAACGCAUAGAAGUAUGUAAUAAAAUAAUUAAAGACAGGUUGAAUAGAGCUUCUCAUUUAACUGAAGUUGUUGAAGAAAUUCAAAGGUUAUUUAAUGACCAGUCAAAAAAAGCAAUUUUAAAUGAAUAUAAAAAUAAAAUUCUGACAAAAGGAAUUCCAAAUAUAACAGAAGAAUACUUCUCUGAAAUUGCCAAAGUUUUGCGAGAAUAUUUAACACUACAAAUCCUUCAAAAGCAAUGUGAUCAAAUGACCCAAUCGCUAUGCUAUGAUUUAACAGAUGAUUCUUAUCAAUAUAACAUGGCUAGAGAAGAUGACUAUAAUCAACCACAAUUUUUGUUGUUAUCAUUGUUAGAAAAUAUACCUCAUAACUCUGUUCUGGAAGUGUGGAAAGAAAUAUUAACAUACCAAAUCAUAAGAACUGAGAUAGCAGAACUACCUUCACCUGAACCAUUGUCAUUUCAACAUCUAGAAAAGUUUAGAGAAACCUCUAAUAUUCAACAAAAACAAGGAUCUAAACAAAAAUUUGAACUUGGAAUAAAGAAAUUCAUUGAUGAAAUGAAAGACGAAUUGUUCGACAAACAACAUGAUACUGAUCACUUGUUUAUUGGAGAUCUAUUACACAUACCACACAAAG